AUGGAUAGAGCCUCUAUCCGAGCGACGACAGCUCCGUCGUCUUCAGCGUCCUCAAACGGCGCUGCGAUUGGGUACAACUACUCGGAAACUUUCGACGAUGAUUCCGAUUACGCCUCCGGCUUUGACAGCUAUCCGUCGUCGCUCGUAUCCAGUGAGACGCACACCUGCAGCAGAAGUCUCAAUGGUCGAAGAUACCUCUCCCGCAGACAGGUCAGAGAUCCUUCGCCCGGGCGCGCCUGUUCCGGUACGGUAUACUAACCUAUCGUGAUGACUUGUAGGUCGAUUAUAGUUUCCCCCACGAUGAAGAGGAAGAGGUUCGGUUGGAUCUCAUUCACCGGGUCUGGACCUUAGCACUUGAGGGCAAAAUGUUCAAAGCCCCAAUAACUGGACCUCUGAACAAAAUCCUUGACGUCGGGACAGGGACAGGUUUAUGGGCUAUUGAUGUAGCCGAGUACAUUACCCCCUCACCACCGCCACCCCCCCCCUUCUUCCCUUUACGAAUGGAAUCUCCCAUCCUAGGCAGUCUGGAUGACCCGAAUCAAUUGCUAACCUACGAAAGGCGAUAUCCGGAUGCACACGUCUUCGGCACUGACAUCGCGCCAAGCAAGCUCUCGUGGGCGCCACCCAACCUCGAUAUGCAACUGGAAGACAUCGAGGAGGACUGGGUCUUUCCCGAGAACUCCUUUGACCUCAUACACAUCCGGUCAAUGGCCGGCUUCGUUACCGACUGGCCACGCCUUCUCGCCCAGUCACUCACGGCGCUGAAGCCCGGCGGCUACCUUGAAUUCCACGACUUCUCCUCGCCCUUCGAGUGCGAAGAUGGCUCCCUCGCCCCCAGCAGCACGCUUACCCUAUGGGUAAAAACCUGGGAAGAGGGUGCGGUCCUGUCUGGCAGGAGCUGGAUCACCGUUGGCCCAGGAAUGCCGGCCAUGAUGCGAGCCGUCGGUUUUGAAGGCGUUGUGAGCGAGGAAUUCAAGGUUUGUACUACUGGGGCGAAGCCACGGGAUGUGAGGUUAAGAGAAAUGAGCAUGUGCAUGUUGCGGCAGUUCCUUGAUGGCGCGGAGGGUAUCACUUUGGAUAUGUUUAUUCGUGUAUUGGGAUGGGACAAGAAGGAUGUGGAGGACCUGGUCGCGAAGGUGCGCAGGGAGUUGCUCAAUCCGGAUGUCAAUACAUUUACUAGAGGGCACAUCGUAUAUGGCCAGAAACCGUUAUGGUGAUCUCAUGUGGGAUCUAUUGAGAACAGUUUUUCUUCGCCCUGUCCAUGUGUACUCUUCAUGUGUUACUUGAGCGAUAGGCGCACCUGCUUCUUGCUACCACGCGAGUACAGUACCUUUGCUAUAUCUCCGUUCACUCACUCGUUCACUCCACUUUCCACCCCUUGUGUAUCCUUUUCUCCACCUACUCCCUCCUAAUUUGAGAGUUUAUCCCCACCCUCCUGAACCCCAGUCCUACACAACCUUGUAUGCAAACUCCACCGUUCCCCUGU